AUGUCAUCAAACGAUCAUUUCUUCGUUAUGAACACUUUCGGACUUCUUCUGGCUCUAGCCGUCCUCUUCGCUUCUGUUGAAGCUGCAAACCGUUACGGUUGGCCAGACUCGUACGAGAGAUUCCUUGAGAGACAAGGAGUCUGGGACUUUAAGAAACACGAAGUGAAAUCUUCCUACAGAACACGCAAGAGCUACGAACGUGACCUCAAGGACCUUUUCGAUGACUGGAAGAAACAAACUAGAUGGGGACAAAAGGACUACAGAUCCAACAAAUACCAAGCACCAAAGAGUGGAUUCGGACGUUACGGGUUCCCAGGAAAGUAAACGGUUUUACUUUUUGCAAUUAACUUGAACUUUGUUUUUAUUUUUAUUUUUGUCUAGUAAUAAAAAGUUUCGAUUUAAA